AUGGACGACCAGGGCCUUCCACUUCCACGAGCCCUUCCAGCACGGCCACCAACUUCUCCGGAGUAUGCGCCAAGGGACUUGCCAGAUGAUUCUGAGGCCGAGUCAGUAUAUGAAGACUGUGCAGAAACACUUGAGGAUUCAAAUGUCCCUGAUCAGGAUUCUAUAUCUGAUAAAUCCAAGGGUGUAACUGAAUUGCAGCCUAAUAUUGAGUUCAAUAUGGGACUACAAAACUCGGGUCUGACACAGAAUGGUGCUACCAUUAGUGCUAGUGGUAACAGGCUAGUCAUGGUCUCUGAGCAAGAGAACCAUCUCUUGAUUCCUGAAUACCCAGCUGUAUCGCAAAGUGGUAUUCUGCAUCGGAUCCAUCUUUCAAAGAGUCCUUUGGGAACAGACCCGACGAAAGCCAAUGCACUCAAGGCAUUUGCUACUCUUUCAUCAAACACUCUCGAGUAUGGCAUCGUCAAUAUCGAUGCCAUGGAAUUCAUCACUGCGAGUCAGCUCAUCCUGAUAUUAUCACUCCUUGUGAACAAUAUGAUCGGGUUGAUACUCAUAUCUUUGGGCAGCUUCGUGAAAAGGCAGCAGUCCCAGUUUCUGAAUCCCGCAAAGCUCCAGUUGAAACCUCUGGUAUUCAAUCAGGCUAUCAGGAUAUUAGCUGCCAUUUUGUGUGUAACCGACGAAGGACUAGUCAACGCUGUGGUAAAUAAGCUUCUUCGCAGUGUUGUGCAGCAAAUCCAUGAGCCAAGCAGUCGUCACUUCGUGGAUAAUGAAGCUAUUGGGCGAAAGCAGUCAGUCUUGGCAGCGAGUUUGAAGGCAAAGCGUCAUGUUAAUGACAUGGUUGAGAAGACAAAGCUUGCUGCUGAAGAAGGCGGCCACUCAACAUGGAAGCCCGCAGAUGCUAUUUCACGUGUUGUGGAACCAAGUCAAGGAAAGAAUAAACGAAACCGUGCUUCAGCAGAACGUCUAUCUGGUACACAAAGUGUUCAACCAUUCUGCUCUGGCUCUUACCCUCACUCGACUCGCCCACAAUCAAUUCAGCCACCAUCGACUGAGCUGGCUGAGCUAAUAAAAGAAGAAGAACGGCUACGGGUACAGAUCCGAUUGGCAAAAAGACGUCGAGUAAUUGAGGAGCUACAGCGAGAGUUGGAUUCAUUAAGUUAA